CGACCUAUGAAUGCAGCACCAGCGACAGCCUGGGGUCUGGGGAGUCGCAAACAGCAGCAGCUCUCCGACGUAUGAAUGGGUUUGUUUUGGGCCUUAAGAAAACUUUGGCCCGUGGGGGAGAUAGUGCUCAGUAUAGUAUUUUGUCCACAUUUGGAUAAUUUCGCUGCUGUCGGUCUCACAUUACCCCACCGUCCAAGUUCUCCCAAGGAUAGUUUAGCAUCAUCUCUUGGACGUUAUGCUAACCUAUGGUGCUUAGCUAGCUAGCCGCUAGCAGUUCGAGUUCACACACGGAUAGUUGCCCUUAAUGGGUAAAUUUUAAAAUCUAAACAAAGAACACAGUGGGUGUGAUAGUUUAUUUUUGAGCAAGUCAAUUCAAAAUGGACCUUAAUUUUUACUCCGACCUCUCGGACGGUUGUGCUCAAAAUGUUGAUUCUGAGUUUUUGGACUCCCAGGCGUACGGUGGCUACUCUGAGGAGAACAAGUUUCCAGAAGGCAGCGACAGUUACCUCACCAUCAGCGGCGCGGGCCAUCCUUUCUUGUCCGCAGAGCAGACAUUUCACACUCCCAGUCUCGGAGAUGAGGUCUUUGAGAUCCCCCCCAUCUCCCUGGACCCAGGUUCGGCUCUGAGCAUCAGUGAUGAGGUGUCUCACUUUGAGCUGGCAGAUGGCUCAGACGGCACCGGAGGAUCUUCAGGUGCCCGGAGUCUUGUCAGCAACCUAGUGGUGGAAGCCAAUGACCCUUCCUUUGCUUCCACCUUUGUGAACUCUUGCCCUCAAGGCCUGGAGCAGAUGAAUCUUGGGACAAUGGGCCAGUCAGGAGGUGGAGCCCUGCUGAGCUCCUCUGCACUGGAAAUGGGGAACUCCAGUGGUUCACAUUUCAGCAGUUCCUCCCCCAUGACCAUUGAUGUUCAGCUUGGUGACAUCGGUCACGGCCUUUUGGGGAGUAGUCAGCUUUCCACUAUUAAUCCGUCGGAGCUGGCACUGGGUCUCGGAGGGGAAGCCAUCGGACAUCAUUCAGGGACGCCUGAGCAGCCGCUGUCAGCAACACCGUCUCCUGCUGGUUCUUUGCAGGAUGAGGACAUGGAUGACUUUAAGAGGAGUGUGCUGGUGGACUCCCCCAUGUCUCUCUCCUCUUCCUUUGUCCUCUCCCAGAUGUCCUCCCACCACGCUCCCCCAUCUUCUGUCUCCACGGCGACAGCCAGGAGGGGUGGGGGGAAGCCUGCUGCGCUCGCUUCGGCGAGUGUGGCAGCGGGCGCAAAGAAAGUAAGGAAGAAGAAAGAUCCCAAUGAGCCACAGAAGCCGGUUUCAGCGUAUGCAUUGUUCUUCAGAGACACGCAGGCGGCCAUUAAAGGCCAGAACCCCAAUGCCUCUUUUGGGGAGGUGUCGAAGAUCGUGGCCUCCAUGUGGGACAGCCUGGCCGAGGAACAGAAACAGGUCUAUAAGAGAAAGACAGACACAGCCAAAAAGGAGUAUUUGAAAGCGCUUGCAGCUUACAAAGCCAACCAUCUGUCCCAGACUGUCACUGAGGAGAUGGAAACCGCCCCUUCACCUCCUCCGUCUGCGGUUGACCCGACUCCUGCAGCGCUGCCCUCUGCCGGUCACCAGGCAGUUCGCUCUGCUCACACCAUUGUGGAAGAGAACACCAUCACCAACAUUUGUGCCUCCAACAUCAUCCUGGACGUCCCGGAAAGGGCCACCCGUUCCCGCACAGGAGCAAGCAAGCCCUCCGCUCCUGCAGCACCUCCAGCCCAGACCAUCACCAAGAUCAUCAUCCCAAAGCACAUGCUGCAGGGCGCGGGGCAGGUGGUGACCGUGCUGCCUGGAGGGGUCCGCGCCUUUCAGCCGACCCUGGUGGUCUCGGGCGCCUCACGUCAGCCGCCUCCGCUGCAGCAGAUGCAGAACGCGCCGCCUCCGCCUCGGCUCCAGCAGAUGGCCCCAGCACCUCCGCCCUUACAGGCCAAACCCCGCGAGGGAGGCAGCGCACCAGGCCACCCUGUCUCCAUCACCGCUACGCCUCCACCUCCACUCCAGAUUAAAAUAGUUCCUUCCUCCAUCCAGGGCAAAGAAGCCCUGCCAAUAAUCGUGCCGAACACGGCGGCUACAUCAUCGACAGCGACGACAUCCACCCAGUCUGCAUCGAUGGUGUCGGUGCAGGUGGUGAACUCUGCUGAGACGUCGGGCAACGCAGACGAGGAUGUCGUUACAGAAGUGCUGCCGUCAGAAGAUGAGAUGGAGGUGAACGGGUCCGGUGACACCAUGAGGAGUUUGUGUGUGAGGGCGGGCUGCAACAACCCAGCAGUAGAGAGUGAAGACUGGGACAAAGAAUACUGCAGUAACGAAUGUGUGGCCACUCACUGCAGUGAUGUUUUUAAGGCGUGGUGCUCCAUCAGGAGUCAGAACAUGGGAACAGUGAAGUAACAAGUAGCUGCAGCCAAUCACGUAACAUGAUGCUACUAGCUGAAGGAUGGAUGCAAGACUGAUGCAGUACAGAAAUCUGAAUCAUAGUUCUCACUAUUGUGUACAUAAAGUGUAGGUUUGGCAGUUGUUUUAUUUCAGGAGGACAAACAAUAAAUACUGCUAACAUAGAGCAGAAUUAGGACAUUCCAUGCUAAUAUGUUACAACACGAAUGUUUGCAGUGUGGAUAUUUAUAGAGGGUGAUGUUUGUACACGACUUCCAGGCAGGCAUCAAGAAACUUAAGGCAGCUAGAGAAGAAAGACAGAUGCAUAAGACAAUGAUAAUCUAGUUCUCUUAGGUUAUAGUUGUUUGUAUAGGACAAAAGAGGACGGAUGACAUUUCAAACUUUUUUUUUUACAGCAGAUGUUAUUGCACAGUGUUCAUCAUCCUUUUGUGUACAUCAAGGUUUCAAAGGUUUCUGUGUUUAAUGUCUCUUGUAUUAAGAACCAACAACUGUUUCAGUUGAAUUUAGCAGAGAAUGCCUUAGUUUGAGGAAAAACUAUCUCUGUAUGACUUGUUUUGUACUGAAAAUAGUGGCCUUUCUUGGUUGAUUAUUGUCUCAUUAUUUUGUAAAACAUUCAUUUCUAAAAAAAGCUCAGCCUUCAUGUUUUCUUAAUAAAUGAGCAAAAUUGCUCAAUCACA